UGGUAGUAAUAAAAUAACUUCACAAUUUCGCAUAGUAUUUGGUAGAACCAAAGUAUUAAUAAAACAAAACUUGAUGAACCAAAACACCAAACUCCAAACAAUCCCCAACUUAAAUAAUCUACUAGAUCCAACCCGCCGUUAAAUUCUCACCGGCGGUGAUCAUUCAAAUGAAACGUGGCAGCGUAAUAUCGUUCCACGUCACCGUCGUGAUAACCGCCAUUGCAUUUAUUUACUUGUCAACGGUGUUUGUAUUCAUUGAUGAGUGGUUUGGGCUUUGGUCUUCACCUGGUAUGCUUAACGCCGUGUUCUUCACCGUUGUUGCUGUUAUGUGCAUUUCCAAUUAUGCCCUUGCUAUUUACACGGAUCCGGGUCGGGUUCCUACCUCAUUUGUACCCGAUGUUGAAGACCCUCAUAAUAUCGUUCAUGAGAUCAAACGCAAGGGUGGAGAUUUGAGGUACUGCCAAAAGUGUUCCCUUUAUAAGCCACCACGUGCUCAUCAUUGUCGUGUAUGUAAUAGAUGUGUACUACGAAUGGAUCAUCAUUGCGUGUGGAUGAAUAAUUGUGUGGGGCAUGCAAACUACAAGAUCUUCUUCAUCUUUGUUAUGUAUGCUGUUGUUGCUUGCAUAUAUUCCCUGGUUUUGCUUGUCGGGAGCAUAACUAUAGAGUCUCCAAAGGAUGACCAGCAAAGUGAAGGCUCUUACAGAGUUGUAUAUAUUAUCUCAGGGCUUAUACUAGUCCCCUUAAGUUUGGCACUGGGCUUUUUCCUGGGUUGGCAUUUUUACCUGAUUUUGCAAAACAAAACAACAAUUGAGUACCAAGAAGGUGUGAGAGCAAUGUGUGUUGCUGAAAAGGGAGGUUAUGUCUAUUCACAUCCAUAUAAUCUUGGUGCAUACGAGAAUUUGAUAUCAGUUCUAGGUCCAAAUGUCCUUUGCUGGCCAUUCCCCUCCACAAGACAUAUUGAUUCUGGCCUUCGUUUUCGGACAGCAUAUGAUAACAUACCUGGCUCGCCAGCAUCAAAAUGAAUGUAUCUUCUUGCAACAGAGAUGUAAAGUGUUUGAUUGCCAAAUCAGCAUGACGCAGCUGUUGAACUGUAGUUUUACCUUGUAAAGUAGCAGCUCUACUCGUCGUAUAAAGGAGCAAAGAAGAACCCCGUUUCUGACUUACAAAAGAUACAACACGGAGGCAGUCAUCAAGUUUUUGUUUUCUAUCAGUUCUAACUGAAGUUUUGGUCCCCAUCGGCAGUUGCAUUGUAGUCGAAGUAACUAGAGAAUUGGAGAAGUUGGACAUAGGAUACUUAGCAUUGUUCAUAGUUGGGGUUAUUUACGUGAUGUACAAAAAGAAGUUCCCUUUCCAAGCUAACUUAGAGCAUUCUGUUGUAGCUCAAAUGGUUGUAAUACAUGCAACUACAAAUGAGUAAAGUUAACAAUUUUUUGGAGCAAUAAUGUAGGACUGGAUCCUUGAAAUUUCAUGGGGAAUGACUUGCGUCAAAGUGUU